CGGCGGGUGCGGAGCGGGCGGGCGAGCGAGCGAUCGCGGCCGCCGCAGAGCUCGGGCGCCGCGGGGUCUGCGCGCCGCGUAGCUGGCCGGGCGCGGCGACUGCUUUCCAGGCUGGCGGGGCCCGGCCGCGAGCCCCGGGCGCCGCGAGGCCGCGGCUUUGCUGCGCGCUCCGGGCGUUCCCAAGUUGAGAGCAAAGUUAGGUGGAGGAAACGCCAAGCUUGAGUCCUUUCUUCCUCUCGCUCCCCAAAUCCGAGCGCAGCCUGCGGGCGUCAUGCCCGCGCGCCUCUGCAGCCCGGGGUGCGCGUGAAGCCUCGGAGCCUUGGCGCCGGCGAGGACCCAAGGACCACUUUUUGGGGGGAGCCCGUCGUUUGCUCCAUCCCGACCCACGCCGGGCGCGGGGAGAGAACCGGUCGCCGGGGAUCGUUGCCAUUCAAGAGGCUGCAGCAGCAGCAGAAGCGGCAGCAAGUCCAGCAGCGGCUGUUGCAGCACCUCGGUUCCUGAGCCCACGGCCGGCUGAAGGCAUUGCUGCCGGCGGUCCAUGCUCGUAGAGGAAGUGUGCAGAUGGGAUUAACGUCCACAUGGAGAUAUGGAAGAGGACAGGGGAUUGGCACCGUAACCAUGGUCAGCUGGGGUCGCUUCAUCUGCCUGGUUGUGGUCACCAUGGCAACCUUGUCCCUGGCCCGGCCCUCCUUCAAUUUAGUUGAGGAUACCACGGUAGAGCCGGAAGAGCCACCAACCAAAUACCAAAUCUCCCAACCAGAAGUUUACGUGGCUGCACCCCGGGAGUCACUAGAGUUGCGCUGCCUGUUGCGAGAUGCCACCAUGAUCAGUUGGACUAAGGAUGGGGUACACUUGGGGCCCAACAAUAGGACAGUGCUUAUUGGGGAGUACUUGCAGAUAAAAGGUGCCACGCCUAGAGACUCCGGCCUCUAUGCUUGUACUGCUGCUAGGAAUGUAGACAGUGAGACUGUCUACUUCAUGGUCAAUGUCACAGAUGCCAUCUCAUCCGGAGAUGAUGAGGACGACACAGAUGGCUCGGAGGAUUUUUUCAGUGAGAACAGUAACAGCAAGAGAGCACCGUACUGGACCAACACAGAAAAGAUGGAAAAACGGCUGCAUGCCGUCCCAGCAGCCAACACUGUCAAGUUCCGCUGUCCAGCUGGGGGGAAUCCACCACCAACGAUGAGGUGGCUGAAAAACGGGAAGGAAUUUAAGCAGGAACAUCGCAUUGGAGGCUAUAAGGUGCGGAACCAGCAUUGGAGCCUUAUUAUGGAAAGCGUGGUCCCAUCUGACAAAGGAAAUUAUACCUGUGUGGUGGAGAACGAUUACGGGUCCAUCAAUCACACGUACCACCUCGAUGUUGUUGAGCGAUCACCACACCGGCCCAUCCUCCAGGCUGGGCUGCCGGCAAACGCCUCCACCGUGGUUGGAGGUGACGUGGAGUUUGUCUGCAAAGUGUACAGCGACGCCCAGCCCCACAUCCAGUGGAUCAAACACGUGGAAAAGAACGGCAGUAAAUAUGGGCCUGACGGGCUGCCUUACCUCAAGGUUCUGAAGCACUCGGGGAUAAAUAGUUCCAAUGCAGAAGUGCUGGCUCUGUUCAAUGUGACUGAGGCGGAUGCUGGGGAGUAUAUUUGUAAGGUCUCCAAUUAUAUAGGGCAGGCCAACCAGUCUGCCUGGCUCACUGUCCUGCCAAAACAGCAAGCUCCAGUAAGAGAGAAGGAGAUCACAGCUUCCCCAGAGUACCUGGAGAUAGCCAUUUACUGCAUAGGGGUCUUCCUGAUCGCCUGUAUGGUGGUGGGGGUCAUCCUGUGCCGGAUGAGGAACACGACCAAGAAGCCGGACUUCAGCAGCCAGCCGGCUGUGCACAAGCUGACCAAGCGCAUCCCCCUGCGGAGACAGGUAACAGUGUCUGCCGAGUCUAGCUCCUCCAUGAACUCCAACACCCCACUGGUGAGGAUUACGACUCGCCUCUCCUCAACAGCAGACACCCCCAUGCUGGCAGGGGUCUCCGAGUACGAGCUACCUGAAGAUCCAAAAUGGGAGUUUCCAAGAGAUAAGCUGACGCUGGGCAAACCCCUGGGAGAAGGUUGCUUUGGGCAAGUGGUCAUGGCUGAGGCAGUGGGAAUUGACAAAGAGAAGCCCAAGGAAGCAGUCACUGUGGCCGUGAAGAUGUUGAAAGACGAUGCCACAGAGAAAGACCUUUCUGAUCUGGUGUCAGAGAUGGAGAUGAUGAAGAUGAUGGGAAAACACAAAAAUAUUAUAAAUCUCCUCGGAGCCUGUACUCAGGAUGGGCCACUCUACGUCAUAGUUGAAUACGCCUCUAAAGGCAACCUCCGGGAGUACCUCCGCGCCAGGAGGCCGCCCGGGAUGGAGUACUCCUAUGAUAUCAACCGCGUUCCCGAGGAGCAGAUGACCUUCAAGGACUUGGUGUCAUGCACCUACCAGCUGGCCCGGGGCAUGGAGUACUUGGCUUCCCAAAAAUGCAUUCAUCGAGAUUUAGCUGCCAGAAAUGUUUUGGUAACAGAAAACAACGUGAUGAAAAUAGCCGACUUUGGACUGGCCAGAGAUAUCAACAAUAUAGACUAUUACAAAAAGACCACAAAUGGCCGACUUCCAGUCAAGUGGAUGGCUCCAGAAGCCCUUUUUGAUAGAGUGUACACCCAUCAGAGUGAUGUCUGGUCCUUCGGGGUGUUAAUGUGGGAGAUCUUCACUUUAGGGGGCUCGCCCUACCCAGGGAUUCCCGUGGAGGAACUUUUUAAGCUGCUUAAGGAAGGACACAGGAUGGAUAAGCCGGCAAACUGCACCAACGAACUGUAUAUGAUGAUGAGAGACUGUUGGCACGCGGUGCCCUCACAGAGACCCACCUUCAAGCAGUUGGUAGAAGACUUGGAUCGAAUUCUCACACUCACAACAAAUGAGGAAUACUUGGACCUCAGUCAGCCUCUUGAACAGUAUUCACCUAGUUACCCUGACACAAGGAGUUCUUGCUCUUCAGGAGAUGAUUCUGUUUUCUCUCCGGACCCCAUGCCUUACGAACCCUGCCUUCCUCAGUAUCCACAUAGAAACGGCAGUGUUAAAACAUGAAUGGGCUUGUCCCCGUCCCCAAACAGGGUGGCGUCAGGAACCUAGCUGUCCUGAGCGUGGAGGCAUUGCCUCCGGGAGCCUAUUGUCUUGGCUUGUAUAUAUGGACCAGAGGAGUAAAUAAUUGGAAAAGCAAUCAGCACACGUGUAAAGAAUUUAUCCAGUUGGAAACUUGUAAUCUUCACCAGGAGGAGAAGAAUGUUUCUGGGGCAGUGGACCGCCGUGGGCCUCCCCGUGCUCAUGACCCACUGUGGGUACUGGCUGUGGACCAGUCAGAUUCAGGCAAACAUACGUUCUGCAUUUCUUGUGAAUUUUGUAAUAAAUGGAGAAAAUAUAUGUCGGCACACAGUUAUAGAGCACAAUUGCAGUAUAUAGGUGCUGGAUGUAUGUAAAUAUAUUCAAAUUAUGUAUAAAUAUAUAUUAUAUAUUUACAAGGAAUUAUUUUUUGUAUUGAUUUUAAAUGGAUGUCCCAAUGCACCUAGAGAAUUGGUCUCUCUCUCUUUUUUUAAUAGCUAAAUGCUAAAUGCUGUUCUUACACAGAAUUUCUUAAUUUUCACCGAGCAGAGGUGGAAAAAUACUUUUGCUUUCAGGGAAAAUGGUAUAACAUUAAUUUAUUAAUGAAUUGGUAAUAUACAAAACAAUUAAUCAUUUAUAGUGUUUUUUUUUUGUUUUUUGUUUUUGUAAUUUAAGUGGCAUUUCUAUGCCGGCAGUGCAUCAGACUAGAGACUAGUUAACCUCUUGCUUGGACUUAACUAGUUAUCAGAUCCUUUGAAAAGAGAUAUAUUUACAGACUACAACUAAUUUGGGGGAAAAUGAAGUUUUGAUUUAUAUGUGUUUCAACUCUGCUGUCAGAUGAUUGUUCUUAAACCACCUAAAUGCCCAUAUUAAAAGGACUCGUUAUUAAGAAGGUAUUUUGUUUUGGUGCAGCUCUGUCAUUGGGCCUGCAAACAUUUAACUGGGCUCCCCAAGACAAAUGGUACCAGCGUUCUCUUAAAAAGAUGCCUUAAUCCAUUCCUCAAGGAGGGACCUUCGUCGAGAUGCUAACAGAGUGUCUGCUCUCCGGCAGCUGGCCUUCUGCCUCUGAGCUGCACACUGAUCAGAGUAGCCUGUAUUCUCUUCGGUGAAUCUUCAUAAGGGCUUCCAGAGUCAUUGGCGACAGAGAAGCCUUUUAGAAUCUUCACGUCCCAUCGAAAAAAAUGGAAACACCGAGUUGUUCUGCGGAUAGUUUUGGGGCUCCUUCCAUCUUUUUAAGGGAUUGCUUCUGCCUCCUUCUAGCAGGACCUCACCAAAAGCAUCCCGCGUAAUGCCAACGUCAAAAUACUGCCAUGGUGUCUGUUGUGUAUGAAAGCGUUGUGUUUUGCUUUUGAAACACCUGCUCCCUCAGCUCUAGCCAUGCGACAUGAAUGGGAAUUACACUGAUUUUUAACGUGCUACGAAAUUGGAGAAAGUAUUUAAUAAAGCCUGUUAAUUUUUAUACUGACAAUAAAAAUGUUUCUACAGAUAUUAAUGUUAACAAGACGAAAUAAAUGUCACGCAGCUUAUUUUUUUAAUACUCG